UCUUUAAUGGAAAACUCAACAGAAGUGAUAGAAUUUGUUUUUGUGGCAUUCAAAUUCUCCCAAAGUCUACAACAAAUUGUAUUUUUGAUCUUCCUUCUUAUCUACACUUUACUUUUGAGCGGAAACAUUCUGAUCAUGAUGACCAUCAGAGCAGAUCCUCGCCUACACACUCCUAUGUAUUUUUUCUUAGGUAAGCUGUCUUUUAUUGACCUCUGCUACUCCUCAGUGACUGUGCCCAAGAUGUUAGUUGACUUCCUUUCUGAGAGAAAGGUUAUCUCCUAUAAUGCUUGCAUAACCCAGCUAUACUUUUUCCAUUUUUUUGCAUGUGCUGAAUGUUUUAUUUUCACAGCCAUGGCAUAUGAUCGUUAUGUGGCCAUUUGUAAACCAUUGAACUAUUCCACAAUCAUGAACAAACAUCUGUGUUUGUUUUUAGUGGCAGCAACUUGGAUGAUUGGCUUUGUCCACUCCAACAUUCAAACAGCCUUAACCAUGCAGUUGCCAUUCUGUGGUCCUAAUGAAAUAAAGAGUUUCUUUUGUGACAUUCCUCCACUAAUACGACUGGCAUGCACUGACACAACCAUUAUUGAUGCCAUGAUAGUGGCCAACAGUGGAUUUGUUUCAUUGGGUUGUUUUCUCACUGUCUUGAUUUCAUACAUUGGUAUUGUUUCUGCAAUGUUAAAAAUUAAGACGGUGGAGGGGAGACGUAAGGCCUUUUCUACAUGUGCCUCACAUCUCACUGUAGUGACUUUUUUCUUUGGUCCGUGUGUCUUCAUUUACAUGAGACCAUCUACCACUCUACAAGCUGACCAAGUGAUAAUAGUAUUUUACACAGUCAUAGCACCCAUGUUAAACCCAGUCAUCUAUACUUUAAGGAAUAAGGAGGUUAAAACAUCUAUGAAAAAACUUUGGGGGAGGAAAGUUCAGUAUAAUAAAUAG